AUGGGCGGCAACAACUCCAGACCGAAGCCAGCAGCUCCCGCAGACAAUGGAAGAUUGCAACGAGAACUUGUUCAGCCAGGUACACAACCGGUCGCCAAACCACAGCAUAUGACUACAUCUGGCAUACCCGUAGUUCCCAGAACCCAGCCAACUCCCGUUGUCGCUCCAGAUCCCGUGCUUCAAGAAUUCAGGGCGGCCUACGUUGAGCCGAAUCAGCACGGAAGUGAGAUGGGAAGCAUAGCGUCUCAAGUAGUUCCAUUGCCAAGACAUCCUACCUGGUUCAUGCGAAUUGUCGAAAACCAUCACUCAAGGAGUCUCAUCGAGCAACUCGUCUUGGAGACCAACCCGCGAUGCAGGUUGAACCGCUUACAGCGUCUGCGCAAGAUCUAUACAAACCCCAUCGUGCGACUGUCCGCAGCAAAUCGACAACGCAUCAAAGUCAUUGAUGCCCAGAUCGAGGAACUCAAAUUCUUGAUGACGAACGACGAUGGCAAACCCUUUGCACGGUAUCGUACCGAGGCCGGUGAAGAUCCCUCACCACCAUCCACUCAGCUCAGCGGGAGUUUGGAAGAGCAGCGCCCUGUACCCAUGAUCGCCCAGCUCGCAGACCAACAAGCGUCUGAAUCCUCGGAUCCUGGCUCUGGCAUCCGGAUGAUACCAUACAACAGGUCCAUGAAGCGAUACAUGCAGGAGAGUCCUCGUUUACCUCCCCGUCAUGCCAGCAGCUCUUCCCACAUACGGACCGGCAGUAUCAGGCUGCCAAGUGUCGCUGCCGAAGGUCAAGAUUGGGCAGAACCACGGAAUCACCUACGGCACAGCAACGAUUUGUGGCGUGUAUCGGAAGAGACCUCCACAGCUAUGGUCAGACCAUCAAGGCACAGGACUUCGGGACACAACCAAUCUGCGCCACCCCCAUCUGUUGGACCUGCAGUCGUUCUCGAACGCGACCCUUACAACAAAAGCCUGUUGGUACCCACAGAGUCGGCACGGAAAUCAACUUCACGCUCGAAAACUUCAAAGGACCCUUCCAGACGCUCCAAAACUACUGGAAGGGUAUCACACAAGACGGCCAGUAGUUAUUCCGAGCAGAUUGACGUCAGACCAGAAAGCAGGGAUCCGGGUAUGGUCUACGUUGCUGGGAUGGGCAGGAUUUGA